GUGCCGCCGCCUUCCCGCCUGUUGCCCCGGGCCUGGCGGCGGCCGCGGCGGUCGGCGGCGCCGCGGCGGCCGCGCCCGCGGGCGGCGGUGCCGGCGCGCCCGCGGUGCCUGGCCUGGCGGCGCUGCCCGGCCUGCCGGGCUUCGGAGGCGGCGGGGCUGCUGGGGCGCCCCCGGCGGGCGGCGCCGUGCCUGACGGCGGAGGUGCUCCCCCCGGCGGCGUGGGCGCCGCGCUGGUGGGCGCGCUCGCGGGCGGCGGCGGCGGCCCUCCUGGAGGCCCUCCUCCUGGUGCGGUGCCGGGGGCCCCGGCGAUCCCUGGUGUGCCGAUCGCGGUUGCUGGCGGUCCGAUCGCCCCAGCGGGCGGCGCGCAGCUGGGACCACUCGUGGACGGUCCGUGGCGUCAGGCCGUGACUCUGAUUGGCGCCGACUGGCGCCGAGGGGUGAAUCUCGAGCUCCCGACCUUCGACGCAGCUGGAGGCAUCAGCGGGACGGCCCUCUUCGAGGUAGAGGAGAUCGGCACCACGGGCCCCUCUGGGCAGUACCUGAGCGCCCAGUUCAGGGGGGCGUCGCUGGCGGCCGAGGCGAUGCGGCUGGACGGCCUGUUCCCACCGCGCGGCACCGGGCCUGCGGGCCCCCUGCACUUGUGCGGGCAGGGACCGGCGCUGUGCGGGGAGCCCGCUGUGCCAGGCCGAGGAGUCCUGCAUGUCGAGUGGCUGCGGCUGCGCUCGAACCGCGGGUUCGUGGAGCCGUGGGUGCGGCCGAGCGCCUUCGGUGGGCGCGGCGGCGGCGGUGCCUUGGCGGGAGGCGCCCCAGCCGGGGGCGCGGCCCCCGACCGCCUGGCGGCAGCUGCCGCGGCGCGCGCGCAGGCUGCUGCGGCGACGCCUGGCCGCGCUGGUGGCGGUCGCGGCCGCCGCCGCCCCCGGAGCUCCUCGGCCUCGCGGAGCGACGACGACGGUGAGUCGCGUUUUCGCGAGGCCCCCUCCCGCGGCGGCAGCGUACGGCUGCUGGCGGAGAAGCGCCCAGGUGCCCUGUACGACGAGGCGAUGAAGAACAUCGGGCGCGUCAUGGGCCUGCGGGAGGGGGCGGACGGCUCAGAGGUUCGAGCGAAGGUCGUGGGCUACCUGCAGGCCGUGGUGUUCGGCCAUCACCCUCCAGGGCAGAUGCGGAUCAACACUCAGCGGGAGCUGCAGACGCUGGCGACGGCGCUGGACCUGCUGGAGAGUGGGUGCCUGGCGGAGUUGAGCGACGUGUUGAUGCAGCGCUUCAAGGCUCUGGAGCUGUCGCUGUCCGACGCGAGCUGGCAGGUGGCGAGCGAGCUGGAGAUCGUGCCGGACGCGCGGCCCUCGCUGGCCUUGAUGGGCGAGCAGGACCUGGCGCGGCGGGCGGCACUGCUGCGCAGGAAGCUGAUGGACGCGAAGAGCCGCGGCGGCCUCGGCGGCAAGGGCGACAGCCCGCGCCCGAGGGCGGCGGACGGGCCGAGGCGUGUCUCGCUGGCGACGAGCCCGGAGCGCCACGUCUUCAGGCAGGACCAGCCCGCGGCUGCGGCGGCAGCGGGCCUGCAGCAAGAACCUUUCGACGUGGUCCCCGUGUUGUUGAACAUAGUCCGCCAGUUCCCAGGCUCCUUCGGUCGCUUCACUAGAUAUUCCCUCGAGGUAAAGCCACGCGAGCAUCCGGCCGACAUGGGAGGUCGGCUUCAGCGAGAUCUGUUGCCGUUACCAUACCCUUCGAUCACCAGGUCCCAGAUCGUCCAGCAGGGCGAGGACCCUUUGAGCGACAAGGAGUGGGAAGGACUACGCUGCAGGCUGGUGGUCACUGUCCUGGCGCUAAACUGGGAGUCUGGGUUCCGCUCCCUGAAGCUGGCCAGGCCCUGCCGAGGUCGAGCCAACGCCGCGCAGCAGGCAGCCCUGGUCGCUCUCGGCCGCCGCCUCCUCUUGGCUGCGCGGGCCGAGUCUGCUUUACCGCCAGAUCUUGACAAGAACGUGCGGCUGAAGGACCGCAAGAUCGGCUACGGCGGGGGCGAGAUCUCGGCCCCGCAUCGGCUGACGCUGGAGCAGGUGCUGGACGGGCUGCCGCUGCCAGGCGUCGCGGCCUCCAUCGAGGCGGCCGACCUCGCGACGGGGUUCGUGCGUGAGGCCCUCCUGGGCCCGACGCUGGUGCUGCUGCCCGCUGCCCUGCGGCGGCCCGCGCCGACAUCUGCGCGCGUGUGGGCCUCGCUCGAGGAGUGGCAUCGGAUCGUGCGGGCGCUCCACGAGCGCGGGAUGGUGUCGGCGAUCCCGAGCAGCGAGAUUGCCUGUCGCGACGGAGCCCCGCUCCUGAACGGGGCGUUCGGGGCGCCCAAGCCCCGCGACGAGCCCGUGGUCUGCAGCGACGGCGAGCGCAGGCCGGUCCUGAGGCUGAUCACCAACCUCAUCCCCUCGAACGCGUGCCAGGAGUGCAUCGUGGGAGACACCCCUGAGAUGCCGACCAUGAGCCAGCUGAGCGGCCUGGUGCUGACCGAGUCGGAGGAUCUCCUGUGGAGCGGCGCGGACAGAAAGGCCUUCUUCUACGUCUUCCGCGCGCCGCCUGCGCGGUGGCCUUACAUGGUGAUAGGGCCGCCCGUCCCCUCGGAGUUGCUGGGCCUGAAGGGCGGUGGGGCCACGCACAUCUGCCUGCGGGUGAUCGGCAUGGGCUGGAUCAGUGCCGUGGGCGUGACGACCCACCUCCACCGGAACAUGCUGCGGCGGAGCGCCUCUGCCCCUCGCGGCCUGCCGCCCAGCCAGGAGAUCACUCGGCGCCGACGGCUGCCGUUCAGCGUGGAGAAGCCGUGCCCUCCGGCGUGGAUGGUCUACAUUGACAACCUGGAGGUCGCGGAGGUCGUGAGCAAGUCCGAGGCCGCGACGCUGCGGGGGACGGUGCCCGAGCUCAUCCCCGAGGCUCGCGCCUGCUAUGCGGCUGCGGGCUCCCCGGGGUCGCCGUCCAAGGACAUCCAUCGAGUGCCGCGAGCGACGACCUUGGGGGAGCUCAUCGACGGGGUCGAGGGCGUUCGGCGGCCCCCUGCGGGCUACCUCACCGAGAUGGCCAGCCUCACGCUGUGGACGCUGAGCAAGAAGCGGGCCAGCAUGCGGCUGGUGCGCAUUCUGCUGGGCCGCUGGGUUCGUGUUCGCUGCUUUCGGCGGCCGCUGGCGGCCAGCUUUGCCUACGCCUGGAAGUGGCUCGCGAACCCGCGCACUGGCGGCCGCUUCAGCGUGAGCGUGGUCGAGGACCUCUUGAUGUGCCUUGCGCUGUCAGGGCUUUGCGUCGCUGACCUGCGCCUCGAGGUCGACCCCCUGGUGCCCGCGUCGGAUGCCUCGGAGGCCGCUGGCGCCGUGGUCUACGGCUACGCCCUCUCCGACCGCGGGCGCGCGCUGGCCGAGAGGCGGCAGCGGCCCGCGAACGCCGCCUGCGAGGAGGAGACCGCCCUCGUGACUGUCUUCGACGGCAUCGGCGGCGGGCGCCGGGCUUUCGAGAUCCUCGGACUGGUCCCUUCCGUGCACCUGUCAUUCGAGGUUGACCCCACGGCGGUGCGGGUGGCCCGGCGCAGCUACCUCAGCACGCAGCACCUGGGGGACGUGACGGAGGCGGACCUGGUGGCCCUGGCAGCCCUGCUGCGCGCCCGAGGCCGGGUGUCGCGUGUGCUGGUGGUGGGCGGCUUCCCGCGCCAGGUCUUCGCGGGUCUCAACGUCGCUCGGCAGGGUCUCGACGACCCGCGCGCGGGCCUGGUUGACCACAUGGUGCGGAUCGUGGACGGGCUGCGGACGGCCAUGCCGGAGGCGUCGAUCGACUUCCUCGGGGAGAACGUCGCGUCGAUGCCCGAGUGCGACGUGCUGCGCCUGAACCAGCUCUUCGGCCGCAUCCCGCUGGAGAUUGAGGCGGGGGAUGUCGGCUGGGUCAGACGUCCGCGGCUCUACUCGGCUUCGUGGGACCUCCUGCCGUCCUUCGAGGCUGAGCCCGUCGUGGUGCGGGCCAAGACCCAAGACGUUCGGCGCGCCUGCAAGGUGGCGCUGAAGGCGGAGCGGCCGCCGCUCGAGGAGUGGCUCCCGCCCGGGGCUGUGUGUCCGGGUCCCGCUGCAGGGGGGCCGCUCCCGACCUUCGUGCGCUGGGCGCCGCGCUCGCAGCCGCGCCCCAGGCCUGCGGGCAUCGGGGAGUGCAGCGCUGCUGAGCUGGCGCGCUGGGAGGCGGCGGGCUUCGCUUCGCCGCCCUACCAGUUCCGUGACAAGUGGUGCAUCCACCAGGCGGAUGGCCGCGUGGAGCCGCCUGACGCGACCAUACGAGAGAAGCUGAUGGGCUUCCUGGAGGGCCACACUGUGCCGUGCAUGACGAGCAGCCAGGCGAAGGCCGAGCCCGCCAAGUACGAGGCUCUUCGGCGGUCGCUCGUGGGCAACUCCUUCCAGUGCGAGGUCGUGGCCUGGAUCAUCAGCCACUGGGCCGUCGGAGCUGGGCUGCUGGUCUCGGUGCCCUCGCUGGGUGAGCUGCACGAGAGUGCGCGAGCCUGGGCUGGUGGCAGGAAGCUGUGGGCCGGCGACGUGACGUCGCUGCGGUGCGGUCGCUCCGAGAUCGACGAGGGCCUGCACGCCAAGCUGGACCAGGCUGGCGGGCCCAUCUACGUGGGUCGUGGGUCUCGCCGCUGGGGGCUGGCUGCCUCGCGGUGGGGCAACCCUUUCACGAUCAGCCCCGAGCGGUCACGCGAGGACGCUGUUGCCCUGCUCGCUGGUUGGAUCCGCACGCAGCCCACCCUCCUGCAGAGCUUGGAGACGCUGCGCGGGGCCCUACUGGUCUGUCACUGUGGGCCCGACCAGGCGUGCCAUGCCGACAUCCUCUUGGCGGAGUUGGCGAAGCGUGACGUGGUGGAGUGGCGCGAGCUGGACGCGUCCAGACGCAUCGUCAUGGGGCUCGUCAUGGCGUGCCACAACAACGGAGCAUACAUCAGGACCGAUGGCGCCUCGGAGGCGCUCGGCAAGAUCUUCCCGCGGCAGGAGAUCGACUCAGGCAUUUGGCGGUGGCGCAAGGCAAGGCAGCUAGUGUGGGAUGCAGCAGAGCACAUCAACGUUCUUGAGUGCCAGGGCGCGCUGAUGAUGAUUCGAUGGCGGGCGCGGUCGGCGCGCCGCCAUCAGUGCGUCUUCCUGCACCUGCUCCACAGCAUGGUCAACAUCGGUGCGCUGUCCAAGCGCCGUUCCAGCAGUCAUCAGCUCAACAAGGUGGUGCGGACCUUCUCGGCGUGGGAGGUUGCGAUGGGCGCGCGGGCGGUCUUCGGCUUCGCGUCGUCGGCUCGCAACCCCGCGGAAAAAAAGGCCUCGACACUGGCCCGCUACCGUGGCGCCGCUCAGCGUUUUGUUGACUACCUUGCUGCCAAUAACCUGCCGCUGCCUUUCACCUGGGACGAUAUUGAUAUCUGCCUGCAAGAUUAUCUCGAGCACUUGUGGGCCGAGGGCGCCACAAAAGGAGAAGCCAAUGACACCCUCAGCGGCGUGCAGCACCUGCUGAGGACACGACGCCGCUAUCCUGGCGCUUGGCAGCUGCUGACAGUCUGGGGCAGACUGGAGAUCCCUCAGCGCGCGCCGCCGAUGCCUGCCCAGGUCUGCACGGCGCUCGCCGGUUGGGCGCUCAGCCGCGGGGAGGUGGCCUUCGCGGCCGUGCUGCUCGUGGCCUUCCAUCUCUGUCUCCGCACUGGCGAGGCGUUGGGGCUGAGCGGCGGCGUCAUCUUUCUUGAGCCCUGUGGCCGAGGCGCGGUGUCAUUGCCCUGGACCAAGACCUCUUGCCAGAAGGGCGCGCGGGAGCAAGUCGCGCUUGACGACCCGCUGGUUGGGGCAGUCGUCCAUAUGCAGCUCCAGCGUGACAGCCGGCUCUGGCCUGGCACGACGCGCGCCUUUGACGACUUGUUCCGUACUGGGCUCCAGCAGAUCGGUUGCGAGCACCUCGCCCUGUCUCCUUACAGCCUGAGGCGCGGAGGUGCCACGCAUGAGUUCCUGCUGUCGGGCGACUUGUCUAAGGUCAUGCUGCGUGGGCGCUGGAGCUCGGCAAGAACGGCAAAGAUAUACAUCCAAGACGGGGCUGCCAUCAUCGCAGAGAUGAAGCACCAG